AUGUCUGAUCCUCCGGACCCCGGAGGGGGUGAUAACGAGCCAUGUGCUCAAUCAUCACCUCCUGUAUUCUCGCAGAUGGAGAUUGAAUUGAUCUGUUUUUGGUGUGUUCUGGUGGCGGCGGUGCGUGCUCAAAGUGAUUAUUAUGGUCCACAGACGUUCAAACAAAACGUGGAAGCUUACGGGAAAGGGUUGUUCUCCCCAACUGGAAACGAUGUGGCCACACAGGCCCCUGCCUAUCCUAAGGUAGAACCUUGGCGAGCCCCGCUGCAACUGACGAAGGAGCAACAAGCGUCUAUUAUUCAUCACAAGCAGGCUCUUACGGCUGAGGGCGGCUUCCGCUUCGAAUACGCAGCGGAUAAUGGAUUGUCAGCUGGUGAGGUCGUUGAACCUGACGGUUCUCGCGUCGGCGCUUACCAAUACAAAGAUCCCAGCGGGCAACUGGUUAAACUCAAAUAUCGUGCCGGCAAGGAAGGAUUUCAGAUUCUCGAAGGUAGCCACAUUCCAAAAAGCCCUGAACCAGUUCCACCUCUCAAUCAAGACAAUCACUACAUGACAGCUUACCAGCAACAAAGGCAGCAAUACGAAUUGCAGCAGCAGUACAAUCAACAGCGUCCUGAACCUCAAACUCAGCAGUGGGACAACAAUCUGGUAAGAUCAGGGGUGUAA